AUGUGUCUUUGUUCGUUUGGAAUUCAAGAAGAACGUAUUCCUCUCGAAUGUAUAAAUACAAAAUGUAGCCGAUUAUAUUGUACUCAAUGUGUAAAUUCAGUACAAACCUAUCUUGGUAGUAGUAGAAAUUUUCGUUGUAUGUAUUGUAUGCUGGAAUAUCCACUUCAGAAAGCACCCAUAGAAAAUCAGACACUCGUUAAACAACUAUGGGAUAGUAUGACAAUAAAGUAUGGCAUACGUUAUACAAGUCAUUUACUUUUUAAAACGCUCACACUAAACAAUAUGAUUGACUUUUUGUGUGAUAUGGAAUGUCGACGACGUCAUUUAGUAAAUCUUAUUUCAACACUUGAACGUUUUUCCAGAUGGACACAAACACAUCAUGUAAUGGAGGAUACUCAUAUUAUGGCUGAGAAAUUAUUAGAUCUUGUAACACGACUCAGAGAAGACCCUAUUACUUAUAUGAAUACAUGUCAAACUGAAUAUAAACAAAUCAUUUCAACGUCUGAUCAUAAUGAUAAUAAUGAUAUUGGUUCACAUUAUAUACGAUUAUGU